AUGACAGCAAAAGAUCAUUCGAUUCGAUCACCUUUACUUGAUGAUAAUGGUCAACAGUCACUUGAAUUAUCUGAUCCGACCGAUCAGCAACAGCAACAACUACCACCGGAUUAUAUUAGUUCAACUAUUCAAGAGAAUGAACCUUCCGACGAUGAGGAAGACAACGAACAAUCAGCAUCUCAAAUAGAAGACAACAGUAUUUACGAUGAACAUGGUCAAGUGAAAUUUCCAUUGAACGAUUUAAUAAAGCUCGAAGAACAAUUAAAUCAAACUCGAUGGGUUGUACCUGUCUUACCCGAUGGAGAAUUAAUCAAGUGUUUACGAGCUGCAGUUCGUCUUGCGUCGCAAAAAGUCGAUACAAAAAGUGAUUCUUGUCAACGAUUUAUCCGAGAUAGUCUUGUAAAUUCUUUUACUAAAGUUCUUUGUGAUGAAGCUGUACAAACAUGGAAACACGAAAUAUUCAAAUACAUUUAUCAAAAUUGUAUGGUUUUUAUUGAAUUGUGUGUAUUAAAACUAGAAGAUGAUUGUUUGCCAUUGCUUGAAGUUCUUGGUUUACUAAUGAAUCCUUCUUGCCGAUUUCAUCAAUCAAACCAUAGUCGAAUCAGUGAUUUACAAUUAGCGUCUGAAAAAGAGAUUUUCGCUGUAUCGAACGAAUAUCGCAUGCAACAACGAGGUUGGCUAAUUGACUUCAUCAAUCGAUUUGGAGAUUUAGGUGGCUUUGAUAAAAUUUCAACUCGAUUUUUAUCCUCAGAAAACAAGUUAACCAUCUCUGUUGUUGUUGCCUUACUCAAACCCUGGGGUCUUUGUUAUGAGUAUUUAACUCACACAACUGUUAAGAAAUACUUUGCUCCGAUUAUUAAUUUUGUUCCACAAUUUCUCGAUCAAUUAACAGAAAAUGACCUGAAAAUCGAAACGAAGACUGAACCGAAAAGUGACACAUUAUCAACUGUUAUUAGAUGGCUACGCUAUCUCGCUUCACGAAUACCGGACAACGAAAAAGAAUGUCGAAAUCUAGAUACACUUAGACUGAAGAUGAUCUUAAGAAUUCUUCAAACGAACUCAUUCAGCGGUAAAAUGAAUGCUCUCAAUGAAGUUAACAAAUUAAUCAUGAGUCUUAAUACAAUUCAACGAUCAACAUUAAAUCGUUCGGAAGAACCGGAAAGUUUAACUGCCGAGAAAUUAAUCCAAUGGAUUCAAGAGAAUCAAGUUCUCGAUAUCGUCCUACGUGAUUGUCUACAUCAGCCACAAUAUGUAGAGAAAUUAGAAAAGAUUCUUCGAUUUAUUAUUAAAGAACAAGCAUUAAGCCGAACUGAUUUAGACAAAAUCUGGAAUUCAUCAUGUGGAAAGCAUGAAGCGAUCGAAAAGAACGUUCAUGAUUUACUUGCAAAAUUAGCAUGGGACUUUUCGCCUGAACAACUCGAACAUCUAUUCGACUGUUUUCGAGAGAGCUGGACGAAGGCCAGUAAAAAACAACGAGAAAAGUUACUCGAACUAAUCCGUCGAUUAGCCGAAGAUGAUAAGGAAGGUUUAAUGGCGAACAAAGUGUUAGAAUUGUUAUGGAAUAUUGCUCAUGAUCAAAAUUUACCAAAUGAGAUCAUUGAUCAAGCAUUAACCGCCCAUUUAAAGAUUCUGGAUUACAGUUGUUUACAAGAAAAGGAAAAAACUAAAUUGAUCUGGCUGGAUAAAUUCAUGGAUGAAGUAAAACAUGAUCGUGGCCAUGUGAUGAUCUCGUUGAAACAAUUAAGAGAGAUCUGUAUGCAGUUUCAUGAAGGAGUUUUUGCACAAAAUAUCGCGCGAAUGCCUGGACCGCAGAAUCGAACGGGUGUUAUUGAUAUCCUAGAGAAGAAAUAUGAAUUAACUCGGGUUGUAACUGAAAAUCUUUGUCAAUAUAUGGAAACAGCAAGGAAGUAUAAAGAAAGUGAAGGAAAAGGCAAUUUGGUGCCAGAAGAGUACUAUGCAGAUGGUCGAUUCAAUCAUAAUCAACAAAUUCACGAACGAUUGAAUUUUCUCAAGUUUACUUUGAAAGAAGGACGAUUGUAUUUAUCAGCGGAACAUUCGAAAAUGAUUUGGAUUAGUCUAGCUGAACAGGCAAUUUAUCCCAAUGAUCGUGAACAAUGUUUUCGCUGGUUUGCUGAAAUCAUCGACGAAGAUGAUUUCGAACCAAAAGCAGCAAAAGAUUUCUUUCAAAAUCAUUUAAUGAAACUUGAACCAAAUCUUCUCACCGAUCUUGGCAUGAAUUGUUUCGAUCGAUUUUUCAAAUCUGUCAAUGCGCAACUAAACAAACUACAGCAAAAGCGUCGGUCUAUUCGUUUGAUGAACGACGAAGAUCUCGUCGGAAUCGAAUAUCUCUGGAAAUUGAUUCUCAAUGGUUCCGACGAAGUCGCUGAUCGUGGUAUUCAAUUAAUGCGCGAGAUCUAUACAAAUAUAAGUCCACAGUUAAAAACCGAUGUCAAACGUAUUCAUGAAUCCUUCAUAAGUGACUGUUUCGAACGUUUACGUCCAGUUUACGACAGUGUGAAACUCAUGCAUACGCAACAAGAUUCCAAACAGGAAUAUCAACCUAAACUCAACUCAUUAAUACGAAUAUUAAUUGUUUUAAGAGAAUAUUUAGCUGAAUGUGAUAAUUCAUAUCAUAAAGAGCGCUCGAUACUACCAAUGGCAAGAGCAUUUCGUGGGCGAGCAAUGACGUUGAUUAUUCGUGUUAAUACCGGACAAAAUCGAACUGACGAUUUCGAACAUGGCUUCCAUUCAAAUGAUACAUGGGGACAUAUUCGACGAUUCAUACAUAAUCGAUAUAAAUCGGCUUAUGGUAUCAUUGAAUUGUACCGUAACAAUGAAAUCAUCUAUUCAACUGACGAUAACAGAACAUUAGGACAAACUGAUGAUCGAGAUCGAAUUACCGUGACAGCACGUUGGGUUCAACAUCAGAAUCAUGGUGGUUCAAGCGGUGAAAGUAGUUCAUCGGAAUCAGAAAUGAAUAACAACAACAAUUCAUUAGCAUCAACAUCACAUCAUAAUCGUAGUUCGGAUUUCAUCGAUAUCAACGCUGAAAGUGCAUUACCAUCUGUGAUAUUCUCUCAAAAACACGAAUAUUAUCAAUUUCUAAUCGAUAUUGCUGAUUUAGCUUGCAAAGAAGGUAAUACUCGUCUUCGCGAUACAUCUCGUCAUAUUCUUGAUUUGAUACCCAUGGAUUCUCAUGCAACCAAAACCUUAAACAGUUGUUUCACUCUCCUUUCUGCCAAUAAUGAGCAGCCCACAGCUGACGAAUGUCUAGCACGUUUAAAUCACUUCUAUUUCAACGUAUCACCUUCACAAAUGCUGUAUAAUCUCAAGACAACAUUAAUCAACUUUCUACCAGCACAGAUUCAUCAAAUAUGCUUACAAAAUAGUAAUCAUGUCGAAGGUUUACACGUUCGAUUCUUAAACGCAGGUGGCUUAGCAUGUUUAUUAAAUAUCCUAACAGAAAAGCAUUACACCGACGAAUGCGAUGUUUCUACGCGAAAGUCGAUCUAUUUCGUUGUUCUUUACCUUCUCAAACGACUUCUAAUCAUUCUCGUCAUUUACCAAUUGAGAUCAACUCAUGGAAGUACUCCAUCGCCAUUCGACGAAUCCUUAGAACAAAUUUUAACUAUUAUGCCAACGAUUCCGUUACCAGUGAUGAACAUUGUCGGUGAACAACAACAUAUUUCAAUGUCAGUGGAACAGAAGAUUGCCACAACAUUGAUUGCACAUCGAAUGGAUUAUCCCAUACCGAAGAAUUCCUUGUUGCAAUAUCACCACAUAAAAGAAUUCAUUCGACUCAUCUGGUGUUUAGCAGCAGAUUCGAAACAGAACUCGUUGGAAAUGAAUUUGAAGAAUGAUUUCAAUGUUAUUCACCAAACAUUCAAACAGGAAAACUUUCGUCCGAAUGAAAAUUCUGAAUUGAACGACGAUAAUGAAGAAGACGAUGAAAGCGGAUUAGACGAACGAUUAGCGCGAGAUUUUUUUAAACAAAUUUUACAAAUUCUUAAAGAUGUUCAUGCGUGUGGGGUUCUUCAUCGAGAUAUCAAAGACGAAAAUUUCCUUGUCGAUAUGCGUUCAGGACAAUUAUAUUUAAUUGAUUUUGGCUCAGGUGCUCUUUUGCACGAUGAAAUUUACACAGAUUUCGAAGGCACUCAGUGUUACGCUGCACCUGAAUGGGUAACGUGUCGGAGAUAUUUUGGUCUACCACAAACUGUUUGGUCGUUGGGAAUACUAUUAUAUGACCUAGUUUGUGGCGAUGUUCCAUUUCCUGAUGAUUUAGCUAUUAUCAAAUGUCAGCCUCAAUUCCCCAACCAUCUUUCACAAGAAUGUAUACAAUUAAUUGAACAAUGUUUAUCAAUAAGAUCAUCUGAACGACCGACGUUAGAUCAAUGUUUACAAUCUGAAUGGCUGAAACAUCCUUCAUCGAAAGACUUAUCAUUAUCAUUAGUAUCACGUCGUCGAAUGACUGGACAUACUAAUCAUUCUCAUCAUUUGAAAGAUUCAAAUUCUCUACCCAAGUCCACUACAGGCAGUUCUUCGUCUCGUGGUAAUUCCUUGUAG